AUGCGCCCGCUUCCAAAGAGAAUCAACCCGCUCAUCCUCCCUGAGGUUUCACCGCCAUAUGAGGAACUUCUUGAGCGCCGUCGACUGGGCAAGACAAACCUAUCUGUCAAACCGGGUCAGGUAGGGACUUCCAACGCGACGAAGCCGGAGAACUUGGGCAUGUUCGAAUACGCACACUUGCGGGCGCCGCUGCCCAAGGACCUCAAAGGGUCGGAGAUCUUCUCGUUUCAACCGCCACAGACGAAUCCGGAGGCUUAUUUUCUCAUGCGACGGAGCAAGGAUGGCUAUGUCAGCGCCACGGGCAUGUUCAAAAUCGCAUUCCCCUGGGCGAAGCAAUCAGAUGAGAAGACUGAACGCGAUUACCUGAAGACCAGAAAGGAGACCAGCUCAGACGAUAUCGCUGGGAACAUAUGGAUAUCUCCCGAUCUCGCCCUCGAACUCGCAAAAGAGUACGGCAUGUUCGACUGGGUCCGUGCUCUCCUGGACCCAACAGAAAUCGACCAGUCCGCCGUCAGCCCCGAGAAGCAGAUCUCCCCACCCCCCAAAUUCAAAAUGCCACCCGCCGCCAGCGCUACAUUGACACCAUCGCAACCCAUUGCCCGCAGAAACUCGCACAUCAGUGUCACCCGCCAAACCGUCAUCCCCCAGGAAAACCUCUGGAACCCGCAGGCCCAGACAAACCCGCGCGCAUAA